UAUUAAAUGUGAUGGUUCACUUACUUAUUUUUCCCCUGUUCUAUCAUUGUUUGCAUACUAUCCUCAUUUAGAUUUGAAAACCUAUGAAUGUUUGUUUGGUUUUAGUUAAAGCAGACAUUGUUUUUUCAUCUGUGUGAGUUUGACAAAGAUCAGAUCACAUUUGAUGGUGAUUUUAUGCUGAAAUGUGAGAAAUUCCAAAAGGUUCAGAUACUUUUUCAUACCUCUGGACGUCCAAAUUUCCCAUUCAUUUUCAAAGGCUGGGAAACAUAGGUCCUUGUGAUUUUUAACCAUUUACCAUGAUAGGCGCACAAGUAAGUUGAUGCAAUUGACAGCCAUGCACGUAUAUGCCAUUGACGACCAUGUACGUCCAAAUUUCCCAUUGAUUUUCAAUGGCAGGAAAACCUGUGUGGUUAAGAUUUUUGACCAAAAACUUACCAUUACAGCUCAAUGGCAUUCAACUGGCGCACAAGUAAGUCGAUGCCGUUGACAGCCAUGCAAUCGGACGUAUCCCCAAGAUGUCCCCAAAUCAAUAGGAAGUGACCUGAUAUCAACAGGACGUGUCCUCGAAAUGUCCCCGAAUCAACAGAAAGCCAAAAUCAAUAGGAAGUUACCUGAUAUUAACAGGACGUGUCCCUAAAAUGUCCCCAAAUCAACAGGAAGUGACCUGAUUGAUCUGUAUCUAAAAAGUAGUGCAGGGCCGGCCCAGCCUAUACGCAGACUAUGCAGCUGCUUAGGGCCCCAGUCAACUAGGGGGCCCCCAAUCUGGCAAUUGUUUAAUUUAUAUUCUAUUUUGUUUACUACAGUUUGCUUUAUUUGACUUUUGUGAGUUUUGAUACUUGAUUACAAGCUUUAAAAAAAUAAAAGUUCUUUCCUUAACUUCUUUCUUUCCUCUUUUAGAAAAAGGUUUGGCGCUAUCUACUGUAAGUACUGACAAUCAUUUGGGGUUGAGAAGUUUGAAGUAUGCAGUGCAACAAAAUCUGAUUAAUAUACAGAAUAUGGAUGUAUGGGUUGGAUUGCAUGUAUGGGUUUCACAGUACACUGUGACGAAAUGGUGGGCUAAAAAUAUGGGCCCCUUUGCAUUAUUUUGCUUAGGGCCUCCAAAUGGCCUGGCCCUGAAGUAGUGGCUUAUAGGCCGAAAAUUACAGUAGUUUAAGCCCAGCAUUGGUUCUAAGAGUGAGCCUUGUGGAACGCCUUUACUGUGCUUAACUCAUUUGCUGCCAUUCACGGUGAUAAACAGAUUGACCUGAUGUUAUUGGAAUGGCAAAUUGAAGCCAUUAACAACUGAAUUAGCAUAAACUAAUUUCUUUUGGAGUCGUGUUAAUAUUUUGGCAAAUGAGUGAUUAUAACCCAAGUUUAAGAUACAGCAACAUGUUUCUUUAUAUUAACCUAUUAUGUCAGGUUUUGCAGUAUACUAUUGAAUGACUCUACUGUCAUAGCUUUGAGGAUAAAAUACCAUUUAACAUGGAGAAACUGACAGAAUAUCAUGUUCUUGGAGGAAUGUCCAUCACAUAAAUGCUGCGCAAAAUCGCAUUAAACUCCCUGUUGGCUGGGAAUGUGGAUUAUAAUGAAUGACGGGCUUGAUGGAAACAUCUAAAGCGACCCGCCCGUUCGCCCCCCACCCAUCUUGUCUAUUAUGCCCUGUGGGCUGUGAGUCGCUUUCCUCGCCUUUCCCACACCGGCUUCCAUUCAGCGCACUUGCGCCGAACAAAAGAAGUGUGUCUGCUUGCACAUCACAUUGAUGACACACACCCUCACUUUACGGCUUCACUUCCAUUCAGGAGCAAUGGGAACUCCCUGUUUUUUUCUUUUUUUUAGUCAAAAGGCCAGCAGGAAUUCAGACUUGCACGGGAUUCCCAGGACUUGGCCGGCGUUCCCGCUUGUUUAUGUUGGACGUGUUGGACCCCCUUGUUAACGAUGAAUGAGACGGCCGUCACUGGCUAAGGUUCAAUUUGAAAACGGGAGUGAGAAAUGGGUUGUUUGGUCAAAAACAAUUUGAUCAUUCCUGAAAUUCCAAGCUUCCUUUUGGCAAUGGAUUCAAGAAUUGAUACUUCAAAAGAUUGUUAUGAGCAAAAUAUAUAGUAAUAACUACUAUAUAUUAAGUAACUAUUCCACUUGGCUAUUAAAACAUUCGCCAAUCACUGCAAACAUUUAGCAUAUUCCUCGUUUAGCAUAGUCAAUGCUUCCAACUUUAAGAUAUUCACAAACAGUUAGGAUAUCAACAGUAAAGAUCUUUUUUUCCCCAUAUUCCCCAGAUUCCUUACCUUUUCCAAAAUCCCACAUUACCAGAAAUAUAAAUCCACGUGAAAUGAUUAAGAAAUCUCUUAGGAUCCUAUUUCCCACAGUCCCCCAAAUCUUUACUUUUUCCAAACUUCCACAUUACCAACGGAAAUGAGUGGGAAACUUUCCAAAUUUACUUGAUUCCUCCACAUUUAGUGAUCAAUUCAAACUACUUUGAAUUUAAAAACUAACAAAAUCUUGAAUAUGUUAGGAUCCUAUUUCCCACAUUCCCUAAAUUCUUUACUUUUUCCAAACUUCCACAUUACCAACAGAAAUGAGUGGGAAAACUUUAGAAAUUGACUUGACCUCUCAACUUUUAACGACCAAUUGAAACCAUUUCAAAUUUAAAAAAUGACAACAAUUUGGGCAUCUAAGGCUCCUAUUUCCCACAUCCCCCAAAUUAUUUACUUUUUCCAAACUUCCACAUUGCUAACUGAAAGGAGUGGGGAACCUUUACAAAUGGACGUGAUCCUUCCACUUUCAGCGACCAAACCAUUUCAGAUUUAAAAAUUCACAACAUUUUGGACAUCUUAGGCUUCUAUUUCCCACAUUCCCCAAAUUCUUUACUUUUUCCAAACUUCCAGUUUAUCAACAGAAAUGAGUGGGAAACUUUCAAAAUUCACAUGAUACUUCCACAUUUAGUGACCAAUUCAAAUUAAUUCAAAUUUAAAAAUUCGUAACAUUUUGAACAUCUUGGGCUCCCAUUUCCCAUAUUCCCCAAAUUCUUUACCUUUUCCACAUCACAAACUGAAAUGAGUUGGGAAACUUUACAAAUUGACUUGAGCCUUCUACUUAUAGCGACCAAUUCAAACCAUUUAGAAUUGAAAAAUGCACAACAUUUUGGACAUCUUAGGCUCCUAUUUCCCAGAUCCACAAAAUUCUUUACUUUUUCCAAACUUCCACAUUACCAACUGAAAUGAGUUGAGAAACUUUACAAAUUGACUUGAGCCUUCCACUUUUCACGACCAAUUCAAACCCUUUCAAAUUUAAAAAUUCACAAAAUUUUAGAUAUCAUAGCCUCCUAUUUCCCACAUUUCCCAAAUUCUUUACUUUUUCCAAACUUCCACAUGACCAAAAUCAUAAAUCCAAACGGAAGGAGUGAGAAACUUUACAAAUAUACUUAAUCUGUCCAAAUUUGGCGACCAAUUGAAACAAUUUCAACUUCCAUUUCAUAAUCGCAAUUUUUUGGGAUGGCUUGAUUCCAUUUUCCCACACUCCCUAAAUUCUUUAAUUUUUCCAAACUUCCACAUUACCAACUGAAAUGAGUUGGGAAACUUUACAAAUUGACUUGAGCCUUCCACUUUUCACGGCCAAUUCAAACCAUUUCAAAUUUAAAAAUUCACAAAAUUUUAGAUAUCUUGGCCUCCUAUUUCCCGCAUUUCCUAAAUUCUUUACUUUUUACAAACUUCCACAUUACCAAAAUCAUAAAUCCAAAUGGAAGGAGUGAGAAACUUUACAAAUAUACUUAAUCUGUCGAAAUUUGGCGACCAAUUGAAACCAUUUCAGCUUCCAUUUCAUACUCGCAAUUUUUUGGGAUGGCUUGUUUCCAUUUUCCCACAUUCCCUAAAUUCUUUACUUUUUCCAAACUUCCACAUUACAUACUAAAACGAGUGGGGAAACUUUACAAAUUGACUUGACCCUUCCACUUUUAGCGACCAAUUCAAAUCAUUAUAAAUUGAAAAAUUCACAUUUUGGACAUCUUAGGCUCCUAUUUCCCACAUCCCCCAAAUUCUUUACUUUUUCCAAACUUCCACAUUACCAAAAUCAUAAAUCCAAACAGAAGGAGUGAGAAACUUCAUAAAUAUACUUAAUCUGUCCAAAUUUGGCGACCAGUUCAAACCAUUUCAACUUCUAUUCAUACUCGCAAAUUUUUUGGAUGGCUUGAAUCCAUUUUCCCACAUUCCCCAAAUUCUUUACUUUUUCCAAACUCCCAAAUUUCAAGAAAUGAACAAGAAACUGUACAAUUUUAAUUGUUUCUUCCACAUUUCCCAACUGAUUCAAGCAAUUCCACAUUUGAAAAAUAAUCAUAUUUCACUGCCAUUGUCAGCAAUUGACGUCCAAUCCAUUUGGCAGCCAAUAAGUAAAAUGCAGAAGGAAACAAGCACGCAAUCUACACUCGUCUAGUUGUCGUACAGUAGCCUGCUUGAUCAAAGUCUUUGUCCAGAGCAGAUGUGCACUGGACAGGGUCACCACUUUCCCACAUUCACACAGAGCUUGGUAAGACCCCCGCUUAGCCCCCCUCCGGCAGUCCAGCUGCUCCCCUGAGAUGUAACUAUUGUCCCCACUUGCCGCUCUCUGAUUGGCCGCCAGUGUGAGAAAGUGGCGAGGCCCGCAUUGAUAUGGAGAUCCGGGACUAUAAAUAGGAGACGUGAAGCUAGUAGAGAUCACAUCUCGCACAGCCAUGGCACCUACAAUCUCUCUGCAAGACUCUCACAUGACUCUCACUCAUAAGAUUCGAAAGCCUCUAGUGGAGAAGCUCCGUCGCGAGCGAAUUAACAGCAGCAUCGAGCAGCUCAAGUCUCUCCUGGCUCCGGAGUUCCUCCAGCAGCAGCCGGACUCCAAGAUGGAGAAGGCAGACGUCUUGGAGAUGACCGUUUGCUUCCUAAAGAGACUUCGGGCCAGCCAUGCGGCCGGGAUGCACUUUGGAGCUUCCUGUGAGGAGAAGACGACUCCUCUCAAAAGCAUCAAAAAGGAAGACAGCUCAACCAAGAGCAUCCCUUGGAGGCCAUGGUAGAACUCCAGAACUUUGGACUGAGUUGAAUUCACCUUUUGUGAAGGGGUUACAUGUUUCCACGCAACAUUUGCUUGUCAGUGUUGACUCCCAAUGGGAGUGCGAGCAUAUUUGCCAUUAUACCUUUGAUUGGUGUAUUUGUACAUCCUCCUUUAUGAAGGAGAAAUUGUGAUACAUAUUGAAUAUGUGCAUGUGUAUGAUCUGUUUUGAACUCAAAUGAUGCGGAACGUGCUACUUCAGUGAAUGGA